AUGGAUAUUGAAGUCUUGCCAUCAGAAUUCUCAAAUCAUGAAGGGCCUUCUGUUAUCAUCGAUUCUGACAGUAGAUCAAAGGCAAUUAUGACACAACAAGAUCCAACACGUACUGACACUUAUGAUUUCAUAUUGACUCAGACACCUAGAACAACUUGUCUGCCAUGUUUGUCAUUUUCAACUAAAGCAGUGAUUAUAUUUGCUUUAUUCACAAGUUUAUCAAUGAUGAAUGCUAUCCUAACAGUUUAUUACACUUCAGCAAAACCACCAAGUAAAGUGUGCACAUUUAUCCUAACAUCAGAAGCGAAGAGUUCGAUCAGUGCUGAUUCUCAUCCGUAUUCGGUUGCUGUAGCUGAUCUUAAUAACGAUGGUCUUCUUGAUAUAGUCGUGCCAAAUUCUGGGAUUAACAAAAUUGGAGUAUUUCUUCGGCAAGCUAAUGAUACAUUUGCAGAUCAAAUGACAUUCUCGACUGGUGAUUAUUCUAUGCCAUACUCAGUAGCUAUUGCUGAUAUCAAUAAUGAUCAACGACAGGAUAUAAUCGUAGCAAAUUUUGGUACUAAUAAUAUUGGUGUCUUUCUUGGAAGACUUAAUGGUACUUUUGAUUCUCAAACAACUUUUUCAACUGGAUCUUCUCGUCCACGAUGGGUUAUUAUAGCUGAUUUCAACAAUGAUACACAACCUGAUAUAGCCGUAGUUAACCAUGGUACGAAUAAUAUUGGUAUUCUUUUAGGAGAUGGAAAGGGAAAUUUUGCCAAUCAGAUCACUUUUUCUACUGGUUUUGAUUCUAUUCCAUACUCAAUUGCCAUAGCUGAUCUCAAUAAUGAUGGCAAACUUGAUAUCGCUGUUGCUAAUUAUGGUACCAACAAUGUAGGUGUUUUACUCAAUUAUGGGAAUGGUACAUUCGCUACACAAGUCACUUUUAAGACUGGUAUUAACUCUCAUCCAUCUUCAAUUGCCAUCAAUGACUUAAAUACUGAUAAUCACAUGGAUAUCGUCGUCGUCUGUUCUGGUACGAAUAAUAUUGCCAUUCUUUUGGGUCUUGGGAACGGUACUUUUGCUAUACCAAAGAAAUAUUCAACUGGUAAUAAUUCUUUUCCUCUUUCAAUAGUCAUCGGUGACUUUGAUAAUGAUAAUAUAUUGG